CUCAUCUCUUUUUCUUCUUGCUCUUUUCUUCUUCUCUCCUCCUCUUUCUCCUCUCCCCAUCUCUUCCCACUGGGAGCAGCCAGGUGAUGGCAACUCCUGGCUUCUCAGUGCCAUGUGUCCCCCGACACCCCACCAGCACCCAGUAGGAGCCUGAGAUACCCCUUCCACUUAUGGGCCAACCUUGGGGCCAAGGACAUGUGCCCAUCCCUCCUUGGGGGAGCAGACGAGGAGGGGCAGGGCCAGGCCAUGGCUCAGCUGUUCCCUACAUGAUGGGAAGGAAGCUGGGGGCGGGAGGCUGCCUGGGUUUCCCUGUGGGGCUGAGACAGUCACGUUUUAUUUGUACCCAACCACUGCUAUGGGGAAGGAAGCGCCGAGCGGCACAGGGCAGAGGCACACGGCACAGCAGGGGUCUCGCCGCUCUGCCAUGGCUCUGGGCACCUUGAGGACGAUGAGGGACAGCAUGGAGGGAGCCCUGGUUGUCCUCUGUGUCCUGCUGCUGUGCUGCAGCCCACCACUGACCAGCUGCCACCAAGUGACCCUCUUCCCAGCCAUGUUAACUCGUCCUGCCGGCAGCUCAGCCACUUUCAUCUGCAACAUCUCCAUGGAGAACUCUGGCUUGGAGUUCAACCUCAACUGGUACCAGAAAACCAACAACAGCAGUCCCCAAAAAAUUGCUGAGAUCAUCCGAAACAUCCCCCAGAAGAAGAUGGAGAAGUAUCGGCUCUUCAACAACACUCCUGUAUUCAAGAUAGAGAUCCUCAAUCUCCAUCAGAACGACUCAGGCUUCUACUACUGCGGGCUGAUCACCUUCUCCCGCUCUGAUAAAGUGGUGGAGAGCAACCAUUCCCAGCUGGUAGUGACAGAAGCCUCUGAGGGGACAAACACAAUUAACGAGCCCAGUGAGGAGGAAAGCAGCCCCCCAGAUCACAUGAAGGCUGUGCUGCUGGGCACCUUGCUGCUGGCUGGUGUGAUCGUGCUGCUGCUCUUUGGCUACAUCAUCAUCAACAACCGGAGAGCAGACGUGCAGAAACCAUCAUGUGGAAACACUCUGGCGGAGGAGGUGAAGCCACCUGCGGUGUCUGUGUCCACCCUGGACUAUGGUGUGCUGGAGUUCCAGCAGGACACACGCAACCAGGUGCCCCCUGAGACCUGCCCAGCCGAGCAGACCGAGUAUGCCACCAUCGUCUUCCCCGAGGAGAAACCCAUCACACCAGAGCGAGGAAAGAGGCACAAGGACAAGAGGACGUAGCAGCCGCCCUCACAGCCCUACUGAUGGCCAUUUAUGUGCAAGGACUGCAGUGACAGAGUGAAUAUGAGCUUCAAUGCUGGAUUUCAUGUUGGACAGUCUUGGCUGUGCUGGUGACAUGGAAUGAGCACCAAGGAAAAAGAACAUGUGAGGAUCCUGGUGCUGUGCUUUGGGCAUCUGCUCUUUGCUGUGAGCUGAACAGUGAUGUCGAUGGGGCUGCGUUCAGUUUCAACCUCCACUUGGGGUUUCUGCAUUGGCUGUGCUGCAUCCAACGAUGCUGGCAAAGCAUGGCUUUGGGAGAGAGCUCCAAGGUGAGGAUGGAGGUGGUGCUGGAGAACGUUCACACACUGAGGUCUUGUCCCAGCACAGGGCCUUCAGCAUGCACUGCUAUUUAAUGGACCCCUGCAAAGCAGAAAGGUGCUUUCUCUUCUCUAUCUGGCACUUUUCUCCUCCUCUGCGGAGAUGAAGGACACUGCUGGGCAUCCUGGGAAGCCCUGGGAUGGGGAUGCUGCGCCCAGUAGGAGCCAGACCUGGCCAUGGGGAUGAAUAAAGGGUUUGACACCAA